AUGCGGUUUGGCAAGCGGCAUUUUCUGUUGACGAAUGAGAAUAUGACGCAAUCCAGAAGAGUUGAAACCGAAGAGGACAAGCUCCGUAUUUAUUCACAGUCUUUAGCGUUCCGAGGUCGGGUUCAAACACUACUUGAAUCUCGAAGAAAUAUCCCAGCCAGUCCCGAGCAUAAACCGAUGCGAAGAACCAUCAGACGUCAAGUGAAAAAAGCCAAAGAAAUGGAAGAGGCCCAGAAAGCAGGUAAUGCCCGGAGAUUGUUUCAGCUGAUCCGUGCGACCGGUCCCCGGAAACCACCUGUGAGUGAAAGCAUCAAGCACCAGAAUGGAACGACCAUCUCGAAUAAGGAGGAACGCCUUGAUCGGUGGGCUGAAUACUCUGAACAACAAAUGUCUUGGCCACCAGCCGGCACUCAUCUGCAGCCCACAGGUGAAGUAGAACCCUGGACGGUGAACGUGGAACCACCUACGGCCUCGGAGGUCAGGCUUGAUGAAAGAAGUCGAAAUAGGUUCUUUCAACUCCUUGAUGAUGGUGCAUCCCAGGCGACGAAGUUUCGCGAGUCCCGUUGCAACUCGACUAUGACGAGCACAUCCAGAAUAUUGAGUGCUCCCGCGGGACUGCAGCAUAUGCGCCGAACACUCUGGCUGGCCACAGUUUCCACGACACAAGAUCGUCUGGUCACUGAUCAGGCCGGGAGCCUUUAA